ACAUAUCUACUCCGCAUCGUGUUUGGAGCCCAAUAGGAUAAUCUAAGCAUACGAAGAUGGCAAUAAUGCAGGUUAUGGUACAAAGAAGCAGUCUUACUUUCCUGGUCAGCUUCAUGGCAGCCUCAACGCCCUUUCCAGCUCUUCGGCUCAGCUGGUGAGGCGUCGUCAUGAAUGCGAACAUGGCGGUAAGAAUAUUUCACUACAUCAACAUGUAAACACCUUCAGGCCAAAUAUCUGCGCGUAUAUAAAGAUAUCGAAUCGUCGGGUUUCUGUCGACCGUUCAAAUCAUUCAACACACAUCAGCAACAUUAACCAGCAUACCAGACUCCCACAUCUUAGAUUUACACAACCUCUUCUCUCUCCCACAACUCCAAAUUCAACACCUAAAUAUGCAUUUCAUCACCCUCACCACCACCCUCCUCUUCGCCGCCACGGGCCUGGCCGCCCCCUCGGCACCCCAAGUCCAAGGGCGCACCUAUGACACGGUGCAUAUCGAGUUCCAAGGCGCCGCUGAUGCCAAAUUUGACCUCGACAUUGCUACGGACGGCAAUCGCGUCAGCAUUGGCAACCAACUGAGCAUCUCACACAUCGUCUCGUAUGCACCCGAGGGCGUGGAGUGCCACUUUCUCGGCGUCGAAGGCAGCCAGACCUACACUAGUGGCUACCAGACCGUUGAUGUUGGGCCGCCACAGCCUCAGCUUUACGCUAGCUGCUCUUAAGAACUGAAACGGAAAAGCGUUGGCUGGGAUUCUGGCGUGACUGGACACUCAUGAAUCGCGGUUUUGGGAAUCUGGCAUUGGACAUAUUCUUUCCUUCAAAAUGAAAGCAUGGGAUGGUGUUUGAUCAUUAUUGGUUUGGAGCAUCGGCAUGGGAUCAAGUUCGGGAACUUUCACUGCGUAUUACACUGGGCAUACCGAACGAGCAUUCACUCUUUUAAUCAUUGGCAAUAUUGAAUACGGACUCUCCUUUAACUAAGAAUAUUUAAGAAUACAAUAGAGCUUCCACAAUUCGAGCACAAGCC